CUAUAAUAUAGGUAAAUUGUGUAAACAAGCAAACGUCAUAUCCUUUUUGUACAGUGACAGUGUGUAGUGACGUUGGGUGCAAAGGACACACUAAUUCGUUGAUUUCAUUUCUUAUGCAAUAGCCAAAUAUAAAUAAUAUGACAAACCGUUGAGUUGUCUUUAAAUUUUGGAUUUAUACAGGUCGGCAUAUCCCAUCCGUCGAGCGAUAUUUUGUUAAUAAGAACAUGAGUGAAAGCGAAGAGAGAAAACCUCUCCUGGCUGACGCAAGUGACGAGCAGGAAUCAUACACAGACGACAAAAAGACAAAGGACGAAGAAAAGAAAAAACCAGAAGGACCACCCCCAGCCACUCUUGGACAAUUGUUCCGCUAUGCCACAAGUGUGGACACAAUCUGUAUCCUGUUUGGUUCCCUGUUUUCAUUGGCCCAUGGAGCAGGAUGGCCGGUAUUGUCCAUUGUUAUGGGACAGAUGACAGACACUUUUGUAGCAGGACCAAAUGGAUCCUUGAUACCUCCACAUCCAAAUGCUACAUUCAAUCCCAAUGCUACCACAGAAUCUUUUGAAGAUAAGAUGACGACAUAUGCUAUAUAUUACUUAAUCAUUGGUGGAGCAGUACUCUUCUCUGGUUAUUUGCAGAUCGCAUGUUUUAUGACAGCCUGUGAGAGACAAGUAAACAAGAUAAGAAAACAUUUUUUCCGAGCCAUAUUACGACAAGAGAUUGGCUGGUUUGAUAAACAUCAGAGUGGUGAACUGACAACUAGAUUAUCUGAUGAUUUAGAAAGAGUGAGAGAAGGAAUUGGAGACAAGCUAAGUCUUCUGAUACAGUUUACAGCUCAGUUUUUUGCUGGAUUUGCCAUUGGAUUUUGGAAAAGUUGGAAGAUGACUUUAGUUAUGAUGUCCUUGACACCUGUACUGGCAAUUCUUGCUGCUUAUUUCUCAUCACUGAUGCAAAACUUUGCCAAAAGAGAACAAGCCUUAUAUGCUGAUGCUGGUAGUGUAGCAGAAGAAGUUAUAUCUUGUAUGAGAACUGUUGUAUCAUUUAAUGGUCAAAAACAGGAAGUUAAAAGAUAUGGAAAAUCUUUGGAAGAAACAAAACAAAUAGGAAUAAAGAAAUCCAUGGUUACUGGUUUGUUGCUUGGUAGUUUAUAUCUUGUGAUGUUUGGAGAUUAUGCAUUGUCAUUUUGGUAUGGAAAUGAACAAGUCAAAGAAUACAUUACAUCUAUGGGAGCAGAGGGAAUCACACCUGGUACAGUGCUUACAGUAUUUUUCUGUGUAAUGAUUGGCAGUUUCUCAAUAGGUAACGCAGCACCAAACAUUGGUUCCUUUGUUACAGCCAAAGGGGCUGCAGCUGUUGUGUAUGAGAUCAUUGACAGAGAACCCAAAAUAGAUGCCAGUUCUGAGAAAGGACAACGCCCACUCUCAAUACAAGGAGCAUUAGAGUUUUUUGGUGUUAAUUUUACCUAUCCUACUAGAGAGGAUGUUCAGGUACUGACUAAUUUUAACCUGUCUAUAAAACCAGGACAGACUGUAGCAUUGGUAGGAUCCAGUGGAUGUGGCAAAUCUACCAUAGUCAAUCUCAUACAGAGAUUUUAUGACCCAGAUGCAGGACAGGUUUUACUAGAUGGUAACAACAUAAAGGAUUUAAACUUGAACUGGUUACGACAGAACAUUGGUGUGGUAUCACAGGAACCAGUCUUGUUCGGCUGCACCAUUGCUGAGAACAUCCGACUUGGGAAUCCUAAUGCAACCAUUACAGAAAUAGAACAGGCUGCUAAACAAGCCAAUGCACAUGACUUCAUUAAAAGUCUUCCUCAGAGUUACAACACACUAGUUGGAGAGCGAGGAGCUCAGUUAUCAGGAGGGCAGAAACAAAGAGUAGCCAUUGCCAGGGCUUUGAUCAGAGACCCAAGAAUCCUAUUGCUGGAUGAAGCUACAUCUGCAUUAGACUCUGAGAGUGAGAAUAUUGUACAGGAAGCUCUAGAAAAGGCAAGACAGGGAAGAACAACCUUAGUGAUAGCACAUCGUCUGUCCACCAUACAGAAAGCAGACAUUAUAUAUGUGGUGGAUAAAGGGGAGAUUAUAGAACAAGGAACUCAUGGCGACUUGAUGGAUAAACAAGGACUGUAUCAUUCCCUAGUCACAGCUCAGACAUUGGUUAAUGAAGAUGCAGGAUUUCAAAAUCAGUGUGAGGAUGUUGAGUUCGCACUAGAGGAGGAGGAGGAAGAGGAAGCUGUAGAUGCUGUCCCAGAUCAAACAGUCAAAAGACCCAGAUCCAGAAUCAAAUCUACAUCAUCAGACGACAAAUCACCACAAAAAUUGUCUCGUCAGAUGUCUCGACAACUCUCCCGUCAGAUGUCAGGACAGCCUGCUGGAAAAGAUAAAGCUGACAAAGAAGAGGAGCCCGAGGAGCAAGAAGAAUAUGAACCACCAAAAUACUUCCGUAUGAUCCAUGAAAAUCAACCAGAAUGUGGAUUUAUUGUGCUUGGGAUUAUGGCAUCAUGUGUUGCUGGAUGUACCAUGCCAGCAUUUGCUAUAUUCUUUGGAGAAAUGAUUAAGGUAUUUAUAGAGCUAGGAAAUAAUGGACUUUUAUGGAGCAUGAUGUUUUUGGCUCUCGGAGGAAUAAAUUUUCUUGUCUAUUUUGUACAGGCUUCUAGUUUUGGUAUAUCUGGUGAGAAAUUGACUCAGCGACUCAGACUCGGUACAUUUAAUGCAUAUAUGAGACAAGAUAUAGCUUUCUUUGAUGACAAGUUCCACUCCACGGGUGCAUUAACAACUAGGCUAGCUACAGACGCAUCCUUAGUAAAAACAGCAACAGGUGUGAGAAUUGGUAUGGUUUUCCAGUCGUUGUUUGGACUGGUAGCAGCCCUUGUCAUAGCCUUCUAUUAUGGGUGGGCUCUAGCUCUUGUUGUACUAGGCAUUGUACCAGUAAUUGGAUUUGCAAGUAGUCUACAGAUAAAAGUUUUAAAGGGAAGACAUGAGGAAGAUAAAGGCAAACUAGAGGAUGCUGGGAAGACAGCUGCAGAAACUAUUGAAAAUAUCAGAACUGUCCAGUCCUUGACCACAGAGAAACAUUUUUAUCAUGAAUAUUCACAUGCUCUUGUUGGACCACUCAGAUCCAUGAUAAAGCAAGCCCACUGGUACGGAAUAGCAUUUGGUUUAGGACAAGGUGUGAUUUUUAUGACCUAUGCUGGUGCCUUCAGAUUUGGUGCAUGGCAAGUGGAAAUAGGAGAAAUGACCGCUGAUAAUGUGUUCAAGGUGUUCUUUGCCAUAGCCUUCACUGCCAUGGUGAUUGGACAAUCGUCAUCAUUUCUGCCAGAGUAUGCAAAGGCCAAACAUGCUGCUGGAUUGAUUUUCAAAGCAUUUGAUACUAUACCGCCUAUAGAUAUAUAUUCCAAAAGAGGAACUUAUCUGCAAAAAGUGGAUGGUUUGAUACAGUUUAAAGAGGUCAGUUUCUGUUACCCAACUAGACCUGAGGUAAAGGUCUUGAAAGGAGUGAAUAUGAAGGUGGAACCAGGGCAGACUGUGGCUCUUGUGGGACAAAGUGGGUGUGGCAAAUCUACAGUUAUCUCCCUUUUGCAGAGAUUCUAUGAUCCUGAGUCAGGGGAAAUUAUGAUAGAUGGUAUAGAUAUAAAAGACCUACAUCUUCACAAAAUGAGGUCAUUUAUUAGUGUGGUCAGUCAGGAACCGAUCCUGUUUAAUUGUAGUAUCCGUGACAACAUAGCUUAUGGUCUGGAGGAAACUGCAGGGAUGGAUGAUAUUAUUACAGCCGCUAGAGAUGCAAAUAUACACGAGUUUAUUACUAGUCAACCUAUGGGUUAUGACACAGUAGUUGGUGAGAAGGGGACACAGCUGUCUGGUGGACAGAAGCAGCGAGUUGCCAUAGCAAGAGCUUUGAUUAGAAAUCCCAAAAUUCUCUUAUUAGACGAGGCUACAUCGGCAUUAGAUUCAGAGAGUGAGAAGUUGGUACAAGAAGCAUUAGACAAAGCACAAGAAGGAAGAACAUGUAUUGUGAUAGCCCAUCGUCUUUCCACAAUUCAAAAUGCUGAUGUGAUCUUUGUAAUGGACAAUGGAACCAUUGUAGAAAGUGGCACACACCAGACAUUAUUGGCUAAAAAAGGGGUGUACAAUUCUUUAGUUAGUGCCCAGCAGUUUAUAAAAUAGUAUUUAAGAUAUAAUUAGGAUUUUUUAAUUUGUUUGUACUUUUUAAAAGUUAUAUUAUAGUAAGUUCACUUGACCUCAUUUUCAGGAUUUUGGUUCUUAAAGGUAUAUAUUGUAUUGUUAGUGACAAUCUUAUGAUAAAAGGCUUCAAAACUUAACUCCUUCAUAGCAUUUUCAGAAGGAAAGAUUCCUAUUCCCAACCAUCAUUGCCAUGUUUCUCUUGAAAGAAAAUAUAAUGUUUUACCGUAGAAAGGCUUGUAUAGUUCGCACUGGUACAUAGUCCGCACCCCCUUCUCCCCACGAAAUUUUAGGUAAAAAAACUUUUUGUAACUGUUAGAAAAGGUCUAAUGAAACUCCGGUAAUUUCAAAUCCUGUGCGGUCGUUUGCGGUAUUUUCUUGGAAAAACCUGUUUUCCAUCAUCAAACAGAAGCUGAAACUGCUUGUAAAUGAUUCUAGAACGCUUCAUGAUUGUUAAAAUAAGUUUAAUUCACUUAAAAAACAAUUUAGAAACUUGUGUAUGUUUAAACAGGAAGUUUAAGAAGCACGUGUAAAAGAAGAAAUUAACCGGUGAGAGUCGAAAUCCGUAUAUAACAGAUAUCACUAUAAUACGACUUUGAAAGUAAAACAGUUCCAUCCUUUUGUAAAACAGUCUUUAAUAUAUCUAUCACAUUAAUGUUUGAAGGGUCUUAAGCUAAUACAAACCAUAUUAGUCAGUAUGAAACACCAAAACGGAACGAACAAUAACCGAUUACGUUUUGUAGUUUACAAAUUCUAAGCUGGUUUACGGUUGUCUUUUUCACUAUGUUUGUAUCGUUUCAAUCAAGCAGAUACCAGUUUAUUUCAACCAAUGCAUUGAAAAGAAACGAGAAAUUUGUAAUGAAAGGUUUAGUUUUUAUAUUUAUCAGUAUUAAUUUGAUAUUGAAUAGAAAUAACUUAUUAAUAUGGAUGAGUUAAAAUUAUUAGUUUGAAAAUGAUAAGAGCGCCCUCUACAAUAUAAAUAACAAAGAUGGCGGAACGUAAACAAACCACCUCGCCUGCAAAUUGAAAUUUUUCUCUUAUUUCUUGCUUAUUGUACUCUAUAGUCCGCACCCCGUCUGGAAGGUCCAAUUUUGGAGAAUAAAACCGUGGACUAUACAAGCCUUUCUAUGGUAUUUUCAUGGACUCAUCUUUAUAUUUAUUAUGUUAAAAACAUUUUUAUGAAAGGACCACUCUCCUGCAUUUCUUUGUUCAUGUCAUUAAAACAUAAUUUUUGAGUAUUGCAUAUACAAGUUUUAUUAAAUGUAUUGAAAUCUAAUAGCGUUAAUCACACAAUGGUGGAAAAUGACCAUUUUGUCUUGAGAACUCCACCCAUGUUAAGGAACCCUUGCAAUACCUCACUGACCUAUUGCAAGGUAAAACUACUGUCCCUUCCAAACAUAUCCUUUUUUUUUCCCAGUGGCAGUUCAAAUUCCCAUCGCCUUUUGCAUCUAAGCUGACCCACAUUAGUGCACCCACUUAGGCCACCCUUUACAAAUUCUUUAUUCGAUGUUGCCUACCCAUACCUUGUUAGGGUUGGGUAUGUAGGAAGGAUUUUUUAAAAAUUUUUGGCAAACAGCAUAAGUUAUAUGUUUCAUACAAGAAAACGACAUUAGAAUAUAAAAAAUGCUUAAAAAAUUUAAAAUGAAUUGCGUCUUAAAAUUUUUCUGGUAGGCAGCUUUUUAGGUGGGUAGGUAGACAACAUCAAACAAUUCAAAUAUUAUUUUUGGCCUUAUAUGAUUUGUUGUUAUUUGUUAAGUGGUAUCCUAAUUCCACCCUCAUAUGUAGACAAACCAGUUGUCUCAAGUUGUACAAUAAAUUAUUCAAUUUAAGCAUGUAAUUCUUGUAAUGAAUAGUUGUUGAAACCUUUCCUGACCUCUUCAAAAUACAGAUCCUGUGUCCACACUUUUACUUAUAUUAAGGAUCUGACAACACUCUGUUUUCCUUCUGUUCUGGUAAUUUUCACAUCAGCCAAUGAAAUUCAUGCCUUCAACUUUUUGAAGGUGUGUAUCAUUAUGACAAAACCAGAGGAAUCCUGAAAGCUCUUUAAAACAGAAAGUAGAAGGGUGCGUUGUCAGAUACUUGUAAGUGUUGCGUGGACUCAGAAUUUGUAUUUUAAUCAGAAAGAACCUUUUUUUCUUGCAUGUGUUAUGUUUGUUACAGUAAUUACCCCUCUGGUUGUGGGUAUUAUUUGAUUGAAGCACUAUUAGAGAUCCUUCGGAAUCUACACAAAUGUGCCGGCACAUGUCUGAUAUUUUAUAACCUACUGUAAGUUAAGAAAUUUAUUAUUGAUUAUGUUGAACAAUGUACAUGAAUAAGAGAUUAAUUAUUGCGAUUUUAGGAAAUGAUGCACACAUAUUUUGUAUCAAAAUUUAAAGUGUAAAUAUAAAACUAAGAAGAAGUUUUCAUGAUUGCUAACCAUAUCGUGUUUUUUUGCAAUCAUAAAAACUUCAGGAAAUUUCUGAAUUUACAGUAUGAGAGUAUUAUUUUGUUGCAUGCAUUUGUGUUGGUCUAUACUGUGGAUUCACUAGUUACUUCACAUGUCAAAAGUAGGUCAUUGUGACCUUUAUUUUAUACUUGAGUAACUUUCUUUGAAAUGUAAUGUCUUUAUAAAUCACAAACAACUAAUUUUCACAAAACAAUGAAGUUGCAAAAGGUUUUUUUUUAUUCACUUCAAGCAAUGAAAGCUAGUAGAAAAGUUCUUAUACAUUCAUUGAUCUGUUUUCAGAUAAAAUACUUUCAAUGGUAUUUUUUAGUGAGGUGUAAUUAUAAUGUGAUUUUUUUCUAUUUUUAUGAUCAAAUGUCUGUUUAAGUAUGUAUAUGUACCUAUUUAUAUUAAAUUUUCUUAAUAUAGUAAGAAAGCACAAUUUGGAUCUUCUUGAAAAUUGCUGCCCCUUAUACAUUUGUUAAAGAUAUUUUACAAGCAUGCUCAGGAGAUUGGAUUGGAUGGAAAAUGACACAAAUUCCCAUAAAAUUGUAUGUAGAAACAAUUCAAAUUGUUUUAAAAGGAAAAUAUUCUAUCACCCUAACAACACUCAUUUGCUACAUCUCCCUUUUCUGUGAAAGUUGACCAUGUCAAUUUUGAUUGGACAAUAUGUGUGUCAGGUGCUAAUGAACAAACUGUAAGGUUUUUUUUUUUUAAACUUAUUCCAAUUAUUAAUUGUGCCAUUUCUAUUGUUUACUUGUUAAUUUUUAAUUAUGAUUUGAUAUCUGUACAUGUAAUAAUAAAUACAAUAAUAAACUGUUGUGUAUUGAGAAGGAAUAAAAUUGUAAAAGAA